AUGAAUAAUUUGGAAAAAGAUCUUGAAAAAGAGAUUGCUGUUCUUCCUCAAACUAUCAUUCAGGAAGACAGCAGUAGCACUCUCGACGAUUCAGACAAGGCAUCCUCAACAGACUUUACAAAUAAAAAGAAUGCUGAAAUCCUGAUAAAAUCUUCCUCUCCAGAACCUGACCCAACAUCAACAAUUAUGAAUGAAAAAACUGGGAUCCCAGCUGCUGAAGUUCCACCAGCAGAUCCUCCCAAACCACCUCCAUACACUGCAUUUCCUCUUUGGAGAAAACGAUUAAUUCUGGGACUGGUGACAGCAGCUGGAUUUCUUGGACCAUUGUCAGGAAGUAUCUAUUUGCCUGUUCUCCAGGUAAUUAAGAAGGAAUUUAGCAUAUCAACGACUGUGGCCAACACUACGAUUGCUGUUUUUAUGAUUGUUUUUGCAUUUGCUCCUCUGUUAUGGGCAUCUUGGGCCGACUUUGGUGGCAGAAAGUUUCUCUAUAUUGUUUCUCUAAUCAUUUAUAUUGCCUCGUGUAUUUGUCUGGCAGCAUUGCCAGCUCAUACUGCUGUCAUUUUUGUUUUUCGAAUAGUCCAAGCGUUUGGUGCAUCUAGUGUACAGUCCCUCGGUGCCGGAACAGUUGCUGAUUUGGUUGAACCCAAAAAUCGUGCUUCUGCUAUUGCUGUAUUUAUGCUAGGCCCACAAUUGGGUCCUGUUGUAGGUCCUAUUCUUGGUGGUGCGAUUGCUGCAAAUGACGAUUGGAGAUGGAUUUUUGGAUUUUUGGCUAUUAUUGGUGCCGUUAUUCUUUUAAUGUUUAUCUUUAUGCUUCCUGAAACGUUGAGAUACCUUGUUGGCAAUGGUGCAAUUUACGAAAACAAGUUGUUUGUUCAUCCUCAUUUGAGACAAAAGAAGAUUGUUUUUGAUGACAAGAGAUUUCCUAAACCUCCUAAACCAAGUCUCAUUGGGUACCUAAGAAUCAUGCGUUAUAUUCCGGUUACUCUUGUAUCUAUUAAUGCAGGUCUUUUGUUUGCGACAUAUUAUGGCAUUGCUGUGACUUACUCUAAGUAUCUGUCAAGUCAAUACCAUUUCUCUACUACUGAAGUUGGUCUUGGUUACAUUGUUCCCGGUGUUUCACUUGCUUCUGGAUCCUUGAUUUCUGGACGCGUUUCUGACAAAAUCCGCAAACGCAUGGUUGCAAAUAGCCCUGAUGGAAAGAUUAUUCCUGAACACCGUUUACCAAUUCAGAUUUUUGGCAUCUUGAUAUCAAUGGCUGGUAUUUUAUGUUAUGGGUGGAUGAUUGACAAGCAUGUUCAUGUCGUUAGUGUAAUGGCAUUUUCUUUCAUGGCUGGUUUUGGCAUGACUUGGGUUUUCGUCAUCAAUACAACUUACUUGACUGAAUGUGCUCCUGCAAUGCCAGCCAGCUUGGUUGCCAUUGCCUCAUUUUUCAGAAAUUCUGGUGCUGCCAUUUCGUCAGUCAUUAUUGAACCCUUGAUUAGCAAGAUGGGAGUAGGCUGGUGUUUUACCGGUCUGGCUUUUAUUGAUUUCUUUGGUUUGGCUAUGGUUCUUGCACUUAUUAAAUUUGGUCCAAAAUGGAGACAUAACUUGGAACAAAAGAAGCUCAGAGCAAAGGAAGCAGCAGCUGCAAAGGCAGCAGCUACAGGAAAUAUACCAGCUGGACCAGCAGCUCCAGCAGUACAACAAGUGAGUGAAAUUCCACCACCUGCUCCAGCUGUGAUUGUUCCAUUAUCUGUGACUGAGAGCUUACCAGCUAAACCAGCAUCUCCUGAAAUCCAAAAAAAGCCUGAAGUUAAAGAAUUGACUUCUACGGCAAAUGAUAGUCUGGUACAGAGCUCCGUACAUGAUUCAAAAGUUGAACAACAAAGACAAUUGUAA